CUUCUUUUCUCCUCCAACGGCUAGUAUCGCGUCCAAUUCCCUUGGGAUAAGCUCAUACCUAUUAUCUCUCCAGAAAUCUAAAGCCAUCCACCUCACGAGAGUCCUCCCUCGACGUCGCCGACAACGGCCCCUCGGGGCAUGUAUGCGGGCUUUCAGAGCAACAGCAACAGCAACAGCAGCACCAUCAGGCAUUGAUGGCUCCCCCUCGCCGGAACUUACUCCCUAAGGAGCACUUUGCAUUUGCUUUCGGCAGCCUCAAGACCCAGAGUUAUCAUGAUCCUGGCGCGCGAGGUCCCGGUAUUCGUACCCUCGCAUGGAAUCCAACUGGUCAGCUCAUAGCCACGGGGUCUGCGGAUCGUACGCUUCGAAUCUGGAAUCCUGACCGUCCCCAUGUUCGAUACUCGACCGAGUUACGCGGCCACUCAGCUGGCGUUGAAAAAGUGCUCUUCAACCCCGUUCGCGACGCGGAGCUAGCCAGUUGUUCCACCGAUGGUACCGUGCGCUUUUGGGAUGUGAGGGCCAAUACGUGCGUGAGCCGUCUUGAUGUAGGCGGCGAGGCAUUCACCUUGUCGUGGUCUGCCGAUGGCAACGUGGUGAUAGUUGGGAGACAGGACGAUACCUUAAUCCCUAUAUCUGUCAGUUCCCCUUCCAGUCCGACUACUCUCUCGAGCGGCAAUGCCAAAGCCGGCACCUCAGUGAACUCGACCUAUACAACCCUACAAUCUCACCCCCAACCCAUCCAAACAAACGCAACAGCCUUCUCCCAUCAUAUUUCUACCCCCGAAUUACCAGACCUCUACUUCUUCGCUACUACCGGUGAAGGCACUGUGAAAGUCAUGUCCUAUCCUUCCUUCAACACCGUACACACUCUACACGCCCACACGUCCGCCUGUCUCUCUCUUGCCCUCGCGCCGACAGGCCGGUACCUCGCCGUUGGCGGCAGCGACGCCCUCAUAUCCCUCUGGGACACCACGGACUGGGUCUGCCGGCGUACAGUGUCGAGUAAUAACGGCGGCGCAGUCCGGGGCGUCAGCUGGAGUUUUGAUGGCCGCUUCAUCUGUGGCGCCUGCGAUGAGCCCGGCUGCGGCGGGAAUGGGCUGGAGAUCUUCCAUGCCGAAACUGGUGAAAGCAUCUAUACCGUUCCCACCGGCGGGGGGUCCAAUACCGGCAUUCCUGCUGUGGCAUGGCAUCCGUCAAGGUACUGGUUGGCAUAUUCAACCACGCCUGAUGGGCAUGGAAGCGGCGGUCUGAAGAUUGUGGGCGCUGCUGGGGGUGGUCUUUGAUUUUCCUAAUAUCAUCCGCAUUACCCAUAACGAUUAUAUCUCGGGUUCGUCUUGAGGACAUGAGCAUGAGGAAAACUUCUGAGAUGUCCUGGAGUGGAACUUAAUGAAUUAU